AUAUAUCGAUUGGCGAACGGGCGCAGCAGAUGACCAGUAGUUGUUUUCAUUUUAUUGUUUACAAAACGCGCAAUUGCCUUGUUAGACACGCCGAUAAAAGUGAGAUAAACGCUGCUGCUGUGACAAAGGGAAUUAUGCAGCUGACGGCCUGCUAACGGGCGAAGCGGCUGCUGGUUCGGAGCAGUGGAAUCGAAGGAACUAAAUCCACGGUGCCGCCCCAGCGACCACUUGUUGUUGUUGGUCGGUUGGACUUUGCUGCGCCGCUCUCCAUCUGCGUCUACAUAUAGUACUACAUACAUAUAUACUCGGCCGAUUCCAUCCAAUGCAAGAUACGGAACACUCACGGAGCAGGGGCAUACACACAAUCCGGAAUCACAGCAGGCGCUGCACGUCACUCGCUUCAUCUCGUUAAUCUGUCAAAUUAUCAUUCCGAAAUUCGGUUUCGUAGCACACUCGACUCUGCCAAGCCAAUCUCUGUGGAAAGCAGCCUCAUACCGGAGUGCCAACAUAGGCCGUAUCUCAAAUCAAGCAGCGAACAAAUCGGCGAUUAGGCAUCGAUCACUUUAUUGCCGCAAUCAAGUGUCCAGUAGUUGACUCAUUAACCUUCCACGAUGGCAGGACAAAGUAAACUGAUUAACCCAUUGUGCAUCACCUGUAAGGAUUUCCAGCACCCUUGGACAGACAAUUGUAUGAGCGCCACUGCUGGGAUCCUCCUUUCGGCCACACCUUACUGCCUCCGUGUCUACACUGUCGUCUAUGCAAUCUCCUUGCUGAUGCGCCACAAAGUGCCGAGCUUGGAAGAUCUGCGGCGUACCCUGUUGGGAAUUAUACAGUCGACAGCGUUUUUGGUUACCAACGCCUACACCUUUAUCCUAUACAAUUGUUUACUGCGAAACGUGUUGGGCCGCUAUCACUUCUCCACGGUGGCUUUUAUACCGUGUUUUUUCGCCUCGUUUAGCGCCAUUCUGGUCGAGCGUCCUGCCCGCCGACCACUGCUCACACUGUACGUGGCGAACGUGGCCACUGAGUCGUUGUGGAAGAUGGCCGAGUCACGAGGUUGGGUGCGUUCCAUACCCCAUGGCCAGACUCUCAUCUUUGGCGUAAGCAUUGCUGCUCUACUCUACCUCUAUCGACUGGGCAUUUCCAAGGAUUCCAUCUUCAACAUUCUCCGCAUCUUUGUGGGCAAAGAGGAAGCAGGACCGGUGACCAAGGCCGAACCACUCGUUCCAGGCGACCAACCAGCUCCCUCCCGACACCGCCCCACCGUCAGCUUCUCCUCGGUCUCUGACUGGGUGCGAGUCUACAGUAAUCUGAUCCGCGCAAAGCACGAAAGCUGUGGACACCAGCAGAGCUGCAUAAGCUACUCGGUAAUGGGAGGUAUAAAACCUUUCGUUGGAGGAGUGGCGCUUCAGGUGGCCCUCAAGAUGGUGAUGAACAUGAAGCGCAUAGUUGCCGGAAAGAUGCCGUGGAAAAAGCAAGUCUUCAACCGGAGUACCUUGCAGUUGGGAAUGUUCAUGGGCAGCUUCUCCUUCCUGUACAAAGCGGUAUCCUGCCUGCUGCGUCAUAGUUUCAAUCGAGAUGAUGCCAAAUUUGCUAUUCCAGCUGGAUUAAUUUCUUCCAUAGCCUUCACCAUGUAUCCGGACAACACAGUGGCCUUGUAUGUCAUGUGGAAGGCGCUGCAGAUCCUUUGUGCCAAGGGCCAGGAGCGGGGCAUCCUGCCACACGUCCCACACUUUAUGCUGUUCCUGUACUCCUUCUUUACCGCCGUGCUCUUCCACACGGGCAUCUUGGAGCCCAAGAGCCUGCGCCCUAGCUACUACAAGUUUCUGCAGGCCAUCUCUGGCGAUAGACUUAGCAGGUUUAAUCUAAGCGCCUUCGACGUAUUCGGUCUGGGCAGUCAGCAACAGGCGCUGGACACUAUUAAGGCUCUCAAAAUCGUGGAGAAGGGACCCCUGCCAGCCUUCCCAUUCGCUACCUGAGCCAACAUUAGCGCGCGUCUUGCGCAUGUACAGUUAGUUAGUCAGUCGUCUUGGUAACGGCCUCACCCUACAUAUCUCCAUAUAUCCAUUAAUCUACGUUUGAUAGCUAUGUAUAUAUAUACGACAAGAGUCUCUCGCUCUCUGAGAGCGUUCAACGAUUACUAUACGAAGCAAGUGUAGGUGGAUUAUAAUUUAUGUUGACUGUUUGUCUUGAUAUCAGUUCUCGUUUUAUCAAUAAAACUCAACAUGAUAAUUAGAAAAUAAA